GUCAGCCAGCCGCGAAAUCGGGGGAGGAAAAUUGACAUUUCCACCGAGUUUUCCCGAGCUUGCGUGCGCGCAGCUGCAAACAAUUUUCCAGCACGCGUAUCCGAAUGGUGGGACAAAUGGCCAGCCGCUGGCAGAGUCGUUUGUUGCCUGUUCGCGUAAUGGCCAUCCUCGAAAAUCGCCCGGAGUUUUGAAAUCGAGAGACCAGCACGAAACAAAGGAAAAAUCAUUUAAUUUCCUGAGGGCGGUGACGAAUGAAAAACAUACAAAAUAAACCAAUUGAGUGCAAUAAUAAUUUAAUAAACAACUGUGAUUGUGAGUGUGUGAGGAAAACUGUUGACGCCCAUCUAGGAAUUUAACUUAUAAACUUAACCGGAAACCAGGACACCCACAGAGAGGAAGGACAAGAUGUCGUCGGUUAAGGUGGCGGUGCGAGUGCGCCCCUUCAACUCGCGCGAAAUAGCCAGGGAGUCGAAAUGCAUCAUCGAGAUGGCAGGAGCCACAACGGCCAUAACCAAUCCAAAGGUGCCGCCCAACACAAGCGAUUCAGUAAAGCGCUUCAACUUUGACUACUCCUACUGGUCACAUGAUCACCACGAUGCCGAUUUCUCCACACAAUCGAUGGUGUACAAGGACAUUGGCGAGGAAAUGUUGCAGCACUCCUUCGAUGGAUACAAUGUCUGUAUCUUUGCCUACGGCCAGACUGGAGCUGGAAAGUCGUAUACCAUGAUGGGCAGGCAGGAGGAGCAGCAAGAGGGCAUAAUACCCAUGAUAUGCAAGGAUCUGUUCACUCGCAUACAGGAUACUGAGACCGAUGAUCUCAAGUACUCGGUUGAGGUCUCCUAUAUGGAAAUCUAUUGUGAGCGAGUCAGGGAUUUGCUGAAUCCGAAAAACAAGGGCAAUCUGCGUGUAAGGGAGCAUCCCCUUUUGGGUCCAUAUGUAGAGGAUCUGUCCAAACUGGCCGUUACCGAUUACCAGGACAUUCACGAUCUCAUUGAUGAAGGCAACAAAGCUCGAACUGUGGCAGCCACUAACAUGAACGAAACCAGUUCCCGCUCUCAUGCCGUCUUUACAAUCUUCUUUACCCAACGUCGUCAUGAUCUGAUGACCAAUUUGACCACAGAAAAGGUAUCCAAGAUUAGCUUGGUGGACUUGGCCGGGUCGGAGCGAGCGGAUUCCACUGGUGCUAAGGGCACCCGCUUGAAGGAGGGAGCCAACAUUAAUAAGUCCUUGACCACAUUGGGCAAAGUUAUCUCAGCUUUGGCGGAAGUGUCUGCUUCCAAGAAAAAGAACGCCAAGAAGGCAGAUUUUAUUCCGUACCGUGAUUCGGCCUUGACCUGGCUGUUACGUGAAAACUUAGGAGGAAACUCGAAGACAGCUAUGAUUGCAGCUAUCUCACCAGCAGAUAUUAACUACGAUGAAACCCUCAGCACACUGCGCUAUGCGGAUCGUGCCAAGCAAAUUGUUUGCAAGGCUGUGGUCAAUGAAGAUGCCAAUGCCAAGCUGAUUCGCGAACUCAAGGAGGAGAUCCAGAAGCUGCGGGACUUACUCAAAGCCGAGGGCAUUGAAGUGCAGGAAGGACCCGAUGGCAAAGUGGUGUGUGAGAAGCGCGAUGCGAAUAAAGAUGAGCUCACCAAGUCCACGGUGAUCAAGUCGCCCACUAAGUCACGUAAUCGCAAUGGAUCCACAACGGAGAUGGCUGUGGAUCAGCUGCAGGCCAGCGAGAAACUCAUUGCAGAACUCAACGAGACCUGGGAGGAGAAACUUAAGCGCACCGAGGAGAUUCGCGUGCAGCGAGAGGCGGUCUUCGCCGAAAUGGGCGUGGCUGUCAAGGAAGAUGGCAUAACAGUUGGCGUAUUCUCGCCCAAGAAGACUCCGCAUUUGGUCAACCUAAACGAGGAUCCCAAUCUGUCUGAGUGUCUGCUUUACUACAUCAAGGAGGGUCUAACUCGGCUGGGUACCCAUGAAGCAAAUGUACCCCAGGACAUUCAGCUCUCCGGAUCGCACAUCCUCAAGGAGCACUGCACCUUUGAGAACAAGAACAGCACGGUGACCCUGCUGCCGCACAAGGAUGCCAUCAUCUAUGUAAAUGGACGCAAGUUGGUUGAGCCGGAGGUUCUUAAGACCGGCUCUCGCGUGAUCCUCGGAAAGAACCACGUGUUCCGCUUUACCAAUCCAGAACAGGCACGCGAAUUGCGGGAUAAGAUCGAGACCGAAAAUGAGGCUGAGAACGAAGUGGAGAAGACAGACACCCAGCAGGUGGACUGGAACUUUGCCCAGUGCGAAUUGCUCGAGAAGCAAGGCAUUGAUCUCAAAGCUGAAAUGAAGAAGCGUUUGGACAACUUGGAGGAACAGUACAAGCGGGAGAAACUUCAGGCCGAUCAGCAGUUCGAGGAGCAGCGCAAAACGUACGAGGCUCGCAUCGAUGCUUUGCAGAAGCAAGUGGAGGAGCAAUCCAUGACCAUGUCCAUGUACAGCAGCUACUCGCCGGAGGAUUUCCACCAGGAGGAGGACGUCUACACCAAUCCUAUGUACGAGUCCUGCUGGACAGCAAGAGAGGCUGGCUUGGCUGCCUGGGCUUUCCGCAAGUGGCGUUACCACCAGUUCACCUCCUUGCGAGACGAUCUCUGGGGCAAUGCUAUAUUCCUUAAGGAAGCCAAUGCCAUUUCCGUUGAGUUAAAGAAGAAGGUACAAUUCCAGUUUACUCUCUUGACCGACACCUUGUACUCCCCUUUGCCGCCUGAGCUGGCCUCCACUGUGGCUCCUUUGCAUCAGGAGGAUGAGUUCGGAGCUCCACCUGUCUCUAAGACCUUGGUGGCCGUCGAAGUUACCGAUACUAAAAACGGAGCCACUCACCACUGGUCCCUGGAGAAGUUACGGCAACGUUUGGAGCUGAUGCGCGAGAUGUACCACAACGAAGCCGAAAUGAGUCCCACUUCACCGGAUUAUAAUGUGGAGAGCCUCACUGGUGGAGAUCCCUUCUACGAUCGCUUCCCCUGGUUCCGCAUGGUGGGUCGCUCCUUCAUCUAUCUGAGCAACCUGCUCUAUCCAGUGCCAUUGGUCCACAAGGUGGCCAUUGUCAAUGAACGCGGAGAUGUGCGUGGCUACUUAAGGAUUGCUGUGCAGCCCGUUCUGGAUGAGGAGUCCAUUGAUUUCAAUAAUGGUGUCAAGCAGUCAGCUCGCUUGGUUUUCAAUGAGGAUGAUGCCAAGCCCAAGUACAGAGCUCUCAAUGAAAAGGAUGAUGUGCAGCGCUAUAUUGACAAUGGUGGUUUGGACAGCAAGUUGGAGGAACUUGAGGAUGUGGACUCUGGUCGUGGCAUUGACUCUAACUCCGCAUCCGAGUGCCACGAAAAUUCGGAGGAGCCUGGCGAGCACCUGCAGGUGGGCAAGGAGUUCACUUUCCGGGUCACUGUUCUGCAGGCCACUGGUAUUGGGGCUGAAUAUGCCGAUAUCUUCUGCCAGUUCAACUUUUUGCAUCGUCAUGAGGAGGCGUUCUCCACCGAACCCGUCAAGAAUUCGGCAUCUGGUGCUCCUCUAGGCUUCUACCAUGUGCAGAACAUAACUGUACCCGUAACCAAAUCAUUCAUCGAGUAUUUGAAGACCCAACCCAUAAUGUUCAAGAUCUUUGGGCACUACCAGACGCACCCAUUGCAUAAGGAUGCCAAACAGGAGUUCGUUUCCCGGCCACCACCACGUCGCAUGUUGCCACCGAGCAUACCGAUCAGUCAGCCAGUGCGUAGUCCCAAGUUUGGACCACUACCUUGUGCACCCACGUCUACGGUUUUGGCUAAGCACGAUGUUCUGGUUUGGUUUGAAAUCUGUGAAUUGGCUCCCAAUGGAGAAUAUGUGCCAUCGGUGGUGGAGCACAGCGAUGAUCUUCCCUGCCGCGGACUGUUCCUCUUGCAUCAGGGCAUCCAGCGGCGCAUUCGUAUUACUAUUGUACAUGAGCCCACAACCGAGGUGAAGUGGAAGGACAUCAAUGAGUUGGUGGUUGGACGUAUCCGCAAUACUCCGGAGUCAUCCGAUGAGCAAGACGAAGACGCCUGUGUCUUAUCAUUGGGCUUGUUCCCAGGCGAGGCUUUGGAGGUGCCCGGAGAUGAUAGAUCGUUCUAUCGUUUUGAGGCUGCCUGGGACUCUAGUCUGCACAACUCGGCACUGCUCAACCGCGUUUCUCAAGGCGGUGAGACCAUCUACAUCACCCUGAGCGCUUACUUGGAGCUGGAGAACUGCGCCCGCCCGGCCAUUAUUACCAAGGACCUGAGCAUGGUAAUCUAUGGACGCGACGCCCGUACCGGACCGCGCUCCCUGAAGCAUCUGUUUUCGGGACAGUACCGAAAUCCGGAGGCCAAUCGCCUAACCGGGGUUUACGAGCUGGCACUGCGCAGAGCAUCCGAAGCAGGUAGUCCAGGUGUACAAAGGCGUCAACGUCGAGUGCUGGACACCAGCUCUACUUAUGUGCGCGGCGAGGAGAAUCUUCACGGCUGGAGGCCAAGGGGUGACUCCCUGAUCUUCGACCACCAGUGGGAGCUGGAGAAACUCACCAGACUUGAAGAGGUUGGACGCAUGCGGCACUUGCUUCUGCUGCGCGAACGUCUGGGCAUGGACACCAACCCGAAUCCGACCACCAAGACCGAGAAGGAUGUAUGCAAUCUAGCUGCUAGGGCAGCCACAUCACCCGUACAUAUGGUCAUUCCACAAUCGCCGCAGACUCCGGUCAAGGACCCACAGCAAAUCAUUCCAGAACGCGAGUACAACCAACGAGAGCAGGAUCUCAUGCUUAAAUGCUUAAAGUUGGUGCAGGGACGCUAUACUAAGAGCGAGGCCAACGAUACGCAAACUCAGUCGGAUGUUUCGCCUAGCGAUGAGGGAUGUGCCGACAUGACCGUUAGCUGCAUCUCCAGCAAUUCCAUGGAAAACAACAAAUUUGUAAUUCGACGCAGAUUAUGUUCACCGGAUCGAGCUGAUGCUCCCAACGGCUGGGAGGCACCUGCUCCGGCCACUCAGCCGGCUCUUCCCCUCCGUCUCUAUGUGCCGGAACUGGAGGAGAUUCGCGUGAGUCCUGUGGUGGCCCGCAAGGGUCUGUUGAAUGUCCUGGAGCACGGCGGUUCCGGAUGGAAGAAGCGCUGGGUGAUCGUCCGUCGUCCUUACGUGUUUAUCUACCGCUCGGAGAAGGAUCCCGUUGAACGGGCUGUCCUCAAUCUAGCCACUGCGCAUGUUGAGUGCAGCGAGGACCAGGCGGCCAUGGUCAAGAUACCCAACACAUUCAGUGUGGUGACCAAGCAUCGUGGCUAUCUGCUGCAAACACUUGGUGACAAGGAAGUACAUGACUGGCUGUAUGCUAUCAAUCCAUUGCUUGCUGGGCAGAUAAAAUCCCGCCUGGCGCGACGGACUUUGGAGCCUGCCAGCCAGACGGCUUCCCAGAUCCAGGCCACCAAUGCGGCGAACGCCAACAGUGGGAGCAAAUGAGAUACGAUCACGAUGGAGUCCGUUUUGGUUUACUGAGACGCAGGCUAUGGCUGGCUGCAGCGCCUGAGUAUCGCCAGACGACUGGUCAGGCGGAGAUCACAACAAAUGGCAGGGACAGCAGCUGGCAACUGAUUGAUAUAGCUUGAAGGAUUCCAUCGGAAGAGGGAAAUGAAAUAGAUGAUUGUUGCUGUGGUGGCACAUCUUAAUCGAAUGCAAAAAUCAGAGAUAAUGAGCAGAAAGAAACCAAAUGCAAAGCGUACGUAAUUAUUAAGUAGUUCAACAACCCAGUUUAUGGAUUAUAUUACAUUUCGUGAUUAGUUGGCCACGGCCCAAAGAGUAGGCACUAGCAGCUCCAAUCAGAUACGGUAGCCUACUUUUUAGAAUCCCCUUCGGUUAGGUUUAUUGGACAAUUUUGUAAAUAGCCUUCGUUUGAUUCGAUUGUAUAAAUAUUUGGUAUUAGUUAACGGACCGUUUAGUUUCAGUUCCCACGUGAUAUUAUGUUGAUCAGUUAGAGUUUGUAUUUUUUCUCAAGUAUGCGACAAAUAUGUAAAGCUUGUAAUGCAAACAAACACACACGUAUAUGCAUUUUAAUGGUGCAAACUAAAGCAAAAUACAGACAUAUAUAUAAAUGAGGAACUAUAUGUAAUGAAUUAAUGUAUAAAACCCUAUAUAUUUGCUGUUUAUACACAAAUUUUCAUGUACUUGUAUUGUUUAACUUAAAAAGAGCAGGUAACCGCCAGAGAAAAUUAUGAUACCAAAAAUAUGUGUGUGUGUUAAAGAAAGACCGUACAGUAUAUAGGAUAUAGGAGACGUGAGGUAUAAGCUCAGCAGAAUUGCGAAAUCUCUAUAAAGGUAACGAUUAUUGUUAGAUCUAUACAUAUAUAUAUACAAGCAAACAGAACUAUAUGCGAAUGAAACUAUUUUACACACCAGAGUUACGAACCAUGAAAUCGGCGCUGCUAUAACUCAGCUGCCCCACAUUGUCAACUGUUGACGGCUUUUAAGGCUUCUCCCCCACAGACUCCCCCCAAAAAUACCAGACAGUUUCGCUUCUAAAAUGCUCCCUCUCGGAACCACCUGCUAAAGCUUCAAGCAACACGUUACGGAACAACCAAUUGUAGUUUUGAUAAGAGUCUUAAACUAGUACGCAAUGGCCACCUGUAUAUUUCCCAACUGAAAAUGAAACCGACAUUUUGCUUUGCUUGCGAAAAGAACUUUGAAUUUAAUUUGCGUUUCGCCAUCGGUUGAUGCACGAGCUUAGGUCAGGUUAAUGGAUCAAUUGGAGCUUCACUUGUGCCCGGAUCACAAGCCUCGAAGCUCCCAAAGUUGUUGAAGGGAUCGCUUUCGUUUGUGUCACGAGAAUGGACACGGAACGUUAAGCGAUCGUUGCUGGAUCGAGGAAUACGUAUUCUUUUAGAAAUCGUUUCGGAACUGAGUCGGCGUUUUGGGUUUUGAGUUAAUUGUAGCAAAAUGUAAACAUUUGUUAAACUAUUGAAUUAAUUUCCAAUUGUAACAUAUUAGAGAAUUGUAAUUACAAUAAUCAUUUUACAAGCAUAUAAUAUGAUAUCUAUGUACGUAAUAACCUAUUUUGGCCCAGUUUAAAUUUACCAACAAAGAAUUGCACACACCAAAAAUAUAGAGCUAUAUAUUAGCGAAGCGAGUUAACGAGCAAGAAACUCAACUUAUAUAUGCGUAUAUGGUACAAUACAUUUCAAAAUCGAUUUAAAUAUGUACAUCGGCUAUAUAUCAAUGUAUGUAAGAGAUGAUUGCCUGGCAACCGUUUCCAAUGACAGAUGAAAAUGAGAAGAGCAGAACCAACGCGUGGAAAAUGAGGGGAAACCUAUGCUAUGUGUAUGUAUAAUCCAAAACAAAUUGAUAUUUGCCAGGGCGUAUCACUAUUAAAGAAAUAUAAAAUAAAACGGCUUUAAAUAAAAUCUGUAAA